AAUAUUUUUUCAGAACAAAUAUUGUUUAUAAUUGCUGAUCUGUUGAUGAAGUUCUUUUAAAAAAGCUGACGUACACAUUUAAAUAAGGUCAUAAAAAUGAUGACAGAAAAAAUUAACUCUCCGCUUGCCGAUAUUAUAAAUAAAAGCAAUCUAAACAAAGUCACGAACAUUGGCGACGAUAUGGGUUGGAAAUCGAAGCUAAAAAUACCACCAAAAGACAACCGUUUUAAGACUAGCGAUGUUACUGACACUCGUGGAAAUGAAUUCGAAGAAUUUUGUUUAAAAAGAAAACUUUUGAUGGGCAUUUUCGAAAAGGGUUGGGAGCGACCCUCUCCUAUUCAGGAAGCAGCAAUUCCAAUAGCGUUAAGUGGAAAAGAUAUUUUGGCCAGAGCUAAGAAUGGCACUGGGAAAACAGGCGCAUACUGUAUUCCAGUUUUGGAGCAAAUUGAUCCCUCGAAGGAUUAUAUACAGGCCUUAAUUAUGGUUCCCACCCGAGAACUUGCUUUGCAAACUUCACAAAUUUGUAUUGAGUUGGCUAAACAUCUUGAUAUUCGAGUUAUGGUCACCACUGGAGGAACAAUUCUUAAGGAUGAUAUACUUCGUUUGUAUCAAAAGGUUCAACUUAUUAUCGCUACACCAGGACGAAUUCUCGAUUUAAUGGAUAAAAGAGUUGCUGAUAUGUCGCAUUGCAAAAUUCUUGUUCUGGAUGAAGCCGACAAACUAUUAUCGCUCGAUUUUCAAGGCAUGCUGGAUCAUGUUAUUUUAAAAUUACCGAAGGAUCCUCAAAUUCUUUUGUUUUCGGCAACUUUUCCACUAACUGUUAAGAAUUUUAUGGAGAAACAUUUACGCGAACCUUACGAAAUAAAUUUGAUGGAGGAACUUACAUUAAAGGGUGUUACUCAAUAUUACGCAUUCGUUCAAGAACGCCAAAAAGUACAUUGUCUAAACACGUUGUUCUCCAAACUCCAAAUAAAUCAGUCAAUAAUAUUUUGCAACUCUACACAACGUGUGGAGCUUUUAGCAAAGAAAAUUACGGAACUCGGCUAUUGCUGUUAUUACAUUCACGCAAAAAUGGCACAGGCGCACAGAAAUCGAGUUUUUCAUGAUUUCCGACAAGGAUUGUGUCGCAACCUUGUAUGUUCGGAUUUAUUCACACGUGGUAUAGAUGUACAAGCAGUUAAUGUUGUUAUUAAUUUUGAUUUCCCUCGUAUGGCUGAAACAUAUUUGCACCGAAUUGGUCGAUCUGGACGCUUUGGACAUUUAGGUAUUGCUAUCAAUUUAAUAACGUAUGAGGAUAGGUUUGACCUACACCGAAUAGAAAAAGAACUUGGAACUGAAAUCAAACCCAUACCUAAAGUCAUUGACCCUGCUCUAUACGUGGCCAAUGUUGCCGUUAAUUCCGGAGAAUCUAGUAAUAAUGAUCUUAAUAAUUCAUGUAUUGAAGAAGGAAAUGUUAGCAAGUAAUAUGCUAUUAUGGAAACAAAUUAUAUAUAAAUUCUAAAAAGAAAUACAUUACUGAA